AUGGGCUAUCAGUACUACAAGUAUGAUCCCUCGGGUGGUGCAGCCAUCCCUUUCGCCGCCCUCUUUGGACUCGCGACUAUCGUUCAUUUGGUGCAAUUGAUCCGGACUCGCAGCUGGUUUAUGAUCUCUUUUAUGAUUGGCGGUGCAUUUGAAGCAAUUGGCUAUUUGUGCAGAUAUAUCAGUUCGACCGAAACACCCGACUGGACGAUGAAACCGUACAUCGGCCAGAGUCUUCUACUUCUUCUUGCUCCGGCACUCUUUGCUGCCUCCAUCUAUAUGAUACUCGGCCGACUGAUCGUUGCCCUGAACGCGGGAUCCAACUCUAUCAUUCGACCCUCUUGGUUGACCAAAAUAUUUGUGGUGGGAGAUGUCCUCUCCUUUCUUAUGCAAUGCGGAGGAGGAGGUUUCCUUGCCGCUGCGAAAACGCCCGAAAAUGCCAACAUGGGCCAGCAUAUAAUUCUUGGCGGUCUAUUUGUUCAGAUCUUCUUCUUCGGCUUUUUUAUCGUCGUUUCAAUCAUCUUCCACCGUCGAAUGGCCGCCUCUCCACUGCACUAUACGGGGACCAGUGUGAUUCCUUGGCAACGCUGUAUGAUGGUGCUUUACACAAUCAGCUGCUUGAUCAUGAUUCGGUCCAUUUAUCGCGUGAUUGAGUACGCCCAAGGAAGCGAUGGGUACUUGCAGAGCAAAGAGGCGUUUGUCUAUGUGUUUGACGGCGCUCUGAUGCUGAUCUGCUGCGUGAUCCUUGUGAUUCAGCACCCGAGCAAGCUGCUCGGGGGAAAUGCUUACCACCGGGCUGAGGAACUUGAGAUGCUAGCGGGCACUGGUUACGAAGGCAGAAAGACCUAUCCCUGA